AUGCCGCUGGUUCGAUUGCCAAAGAGCCAAUUGGCAUCGCAAUGGUUUCUUAAACUAUUAGUGAGCAUUGUUCAACAAGGCCCUAUUCCCAGGCAUAUUGCUAUUAUUGCGGAUGGAAACAGACGGUACGCCAAAUCCCGUGGCUUUAGCAUCAAAAAAGGCCAUACGUUGGGAGCGGAUGUUUUGAACAAUGUCCUGGAUCUUGCCUUUGAAACCGGUGUCGAAUUCAUCACUGCAUACCUAUUCAGCAUCGAAAAUUUUAAACGGCCAAAAAACCAAGUGGAUGAUUUAAUGGGUCUGUUCGAAAUUUGGAUAUUGAAAUGCUUAUAUCCUUCUCCUAAUAAACGAAAACUUCGGUUUCGGUUUCUGGGCCGCUUGGAACUAUUUCCUAAUAAAAUUAGGAAGCUCAUGAAAAAGCUGGUCGAGAAGACCGCAAAUUGUGAUGGAGCAACAUUCAACAUAUGUGUAGCCUAUACUUCGCGUGAUGAAAUGGCCAGAGCUAUAGAAACUACGGUGCGGAACCACAACGACUCGCCACAGAGUGAAAAUCAUAUCACAGCCGAGAUCCUCGAUAGCAAUAUGGAUAUUAACGAAGGCAGCCCGCUGGAUAUCCUAAUCCGAACGUCUGGUGUCGGCCGGCUAAGCGACUUCCUACUCUGGCAGUGCCAUAGAGACACGGUUAUCGAAGUUCUGGACAUGCAGUGGCCAGCAUUCCAGUACUGGGACUUAUUUUUUGUCAUACUUAGAUGGCAGCGGAAGAAAAUGGCAAGGAUGGGCUUUCAUACAAAAGUGGUGGAGGAACCACGAGCUAUGCGGAACUUGGUAUCGAACAACCACUUAAAGUGGCUUAUGUCUGUUAUCCUUCUUCUUGCCCCGGCAGUGUGGGGAUUUCAAAUGGCCUUCCAUCCAGAAAAUUAA